CAUGGCGGCGACCAUGGAAGGUCCUUUCAGUGACCCCACUUUAUUUGGUGCGCUUUUUGAGCUGCAGUCAUUACUAAGCAGAACUGAGUUUCCCCAAAAUGCCAAGGAUUUAUUGUUAAUGCUGAGUACAUAUUUCACACGCUAUGAAAGAGAACCACUGCUGCCUUUCAGAGAUAAUGUUCUUCGAUUGAUAGAUGAGUUUAUAUUUUGUUGUGUGACAAAUCAAAAUUACUAUAGAAAGCGGCUGUCAGCAGUCCAAGAACUUCAACUGUUGGAACUUUUAUGCGGAUAUUUUGAAAACCAACCCAAUGAAAUCAUCAAGAACGCCGUCUUCGAUGCUCUGUUCUGCUUUUCCUCCAGUAGACCAUCAGAAGAUUACAAAAGAGAUUUAUUGUAUAAAUUAGUCUCAUUGGCUGUCGCUGUGAAAUGCACGUCUGUGUUGAACUGUACAGCGGUAUGGAUGAGUCGACAGCAUCUGUCUCACUCCGUGAUCAACCUAGCUGCGGCUGUCGUACAUGAUUACUGUAUCCUAGUGCCUGCAUCAUUAACUGCUAUACAAAACCUUGUGGAAAUAUCACCGUUGUUUGCUUGUCAGUUUUUGACAGCUGUUGCAGCUCUUUAUAAACCUGCUCUGUCUGGUACACCAGGUCUUGGAAAGCAGUCGUCAUUACCCAUAACGCUACUAGAAGUAAUUACUGAGUGGGUCAGCAACUAUCCGCUGUUAUGCUUAUCAAGUCUUUAUCCCAAAUUCCCAAACAUUCCAUCAUUUCAGAGAACUCAAAAUUAUCCAGAUGCGAGAACGCCCAUCCCAGGACUAAUAACAUGUUGUGUACUCGCCCCACUGAACAUGAUGCAUGAUAAUACAGAGCUAACUGGAAAGAACAGUCAGCUGUAUUCUAAGUUACACCUUGGGGUAUUAGAAGCUAUGAUUGCAUACAAGGCUGUACAGCAAAGUCCCGGAAUUGACCCGUUGUUGAUACAAAGGGGAAUUGUCAGUCUUCAAGACAUGAAGGAGAUUGCUGACAGCAUCCAAAGGUGCCGGAGUAAAGAUUGUCAACAGGGGCAGUUAGAGAUAUCAGUGGAUCGGAUGGCACAGUCAUUACAGUUAGCGCUCUCCACACACUGUCUUGUCUGUACUAAAGAUCAUUUAAAAGACAUCUGUAUUUGUUUACCACAGACGAGGUUGCUGCAGAUAGUACUAAGCCAACCAAUGAUGGUCAGAUGAAGCCAUAAAAUAGCAGUACGUCAAUCUCAAUGGGCCACACCCUGCUCCACCCAUGAACAGGAAACCUUCGAGGAUAGCCACAAUUUAUGU